AUGAAAAGCAUGAUCGAAGGCGUGAAGAAGGAUGGGAAAAAAGGGAGAAGGAAUGAUCGGAAAGACUCUUGGGACAAGGAUGGCUUCACACAGAGAGGGCGUGCAGAAAAGAAGCCUGUUGAUCUAGCUAAGAUACAAGGAAUUCAGGGUCAGAUAGGAAUAGGAAAAAACAAGGGAGAUGGCAAUCGUCUCGAUUGUGGGAUGGACAAGGAGGAGGCAGAAGAUGGCAAGGACAUCAUGCGCUGCAGGCACCUUUCUCCGGGAGGAGGUGGCAUGAAGAGGUUGCUGUCGGAGGAUGUAAGAGAAACAGAGGGCAUAGGAUGGGAGUCACUUGGACUCGGGCCGGUGCUGCUGAAAAGAAUACGCGAUAUUGGCUAUGACUUUCCAUCGCCUGUCCAGGUGGCAUCGAUUCCACAUGUCCUAGGAGGAAAGAACCUGUUGGUCAGAUCGAAGAAUGGAACCGGAAAGACAGCAUCUUACAUAGUUCCCAUGCUCAACAUGAUAAAUUCCUCAGAGCUGAGCAUCCAGGGAAUCAUAUUGGUACCCAUCAGAGAGCUUGCUCUACAGAUAUCAAGAAAUGUCAAAAGAAUGUCUGAGGGCACUGGGGUGAUAUCUGCGCCUGUGGUUGGAGGGACUAGCAUGCAGGACGACAUCAUAAGGGUGUCCAAUGGUGUUCACGUGAUGGUGGGAACGCCAGGAAGAAUUGUGGACCUGGUUGAGAAGAGGGUUGGGACGCUUUCGAAAAGAGUGAUCUUGGUGUUUGAUGAGGCCGACAAGCUGCUUGAUGUGACAUUUGGAGAGACUGUCACAAAGCUUCUAGAUCUGCUUCCAAGGGAAAAGCAGAUGCUACUGUACUCUGCAACCUUUCCUUAUUUUGUUACCGGGUUUAUCAGAAGAUACAUGAAGAACCCGCUAUGCAUUAAUCUGAUGAAGGAGCUCGCUCCCGUAGGAGUUAAGCAGUUCUAUACAUAUGUGAAGCCCUCUGAAAAGCUUCUAUGCUUGAAGUCCCUUCUCUUGAGACUAAGCAUCAACCAGUGUGUGAUCUUCUGCAAUAGCAUCAAGACUGUGGAGCUUCUUGCCAUGAAAAUUACCGAGAUGGGGCUUCCUUCGUACUUCAUCCACUCGAAGAUGGCUCAGGAAGACAGGAAUAUAGUGUUUCACAACUUCCUGAAAGGGAAGUGUAAGAUUCUGGUUGCAACUGACCUCAUCACACGUGGAGUGGAUGCUCCAAACACAAACUACGUAAUCAACUUCGACAUUUCUAAGUCUCCCGAGUCCUAUCUUCACAGGAUUGGACGGGCUGGAAGGUUUGGAGCCCCUGGAGUUGCAAUAAGUUUGGUUACCACGGAAGAAAAGGAAAUGCUGAUGGACAUAGAGGCAAAGCUUGGGAAAGAAAUAUCUCCUCUUUCGGAUAAGGGUCUGAGCCGCUUACAUGAAAGUAACAUAGACAGGAAUCAAGGAUAA